AUGCGUCUAUCCCUUGCAACGAUCCUCUGCCUGGCCGUCGAGGCCAGCGUAGCCUUGCCGCAAGGUCCUCCGGGACCCCCAGUUCCGCCAGGGCCACCCGACCCAGAUCACCUCCCGCCGUUUAGCACCUUCAGUAACCGCAUCAUCUACACCCCUCCCGAGGGAGGUCGAGCGGUUUAUCCGCGUCUCGCCGAGCUCCACGACGAAACUCUUCUAGUGACCGCUAGUGUUAGUGGCGUUACCGGCGCCGGGGAGCUCCCAUCGUUCCCUAUCUUUGAAAGCAAGGAUGGCGGUGUGAACUGGAAGUGGGUCUCCAACCUCACCGACCAAGUCAACGGUUGGGGCAUGGGCGCCCAGCCCGCCAUCUACGAGCUGCGGAAGCCGCUCGGCGGAUUCGAGCCUGGUACGAUCCUGGCUUCGGGCAACAGCUGGAGCAGCAAUGGAACGCGUAUCGACCUGUACGCCAGCACCGACAAGGCACGAACGUGGGAGUUUGUGAGCCAUGUCGCUGAAGGCGGACGCCCAAACACCACGAACGGCGCGACGCCCAUCUGGGAGCCGUUCCUGCUUGCUUAUGAGGACGAACUCAUCGUCUACUAUUCUGACCAGCGCGACCCCAAGCACGGCCAAAAGCUUGCGCACCAGCGUUCCCAUGACCUCAAGACAUGGGGGCCCGUCGUCAACGACGUCGCAUAUGAUGAAUACCUCGCACGUCCCGGAAUGACCGUUGUCACGUACAUCCCGCCUCUGAAGAAGUGGAUCUUGGUGUACGAGCGCCCGGUCGGCAACUCUAGCUCGCAUGGGGUGAAUUAUCCGGUGCACUACCGGUUGGCCGACGACCCGAGGGAGUUUGACUCGGCCGAGCACAUUCCCAUCGUCAUCCAGCUUGCCAAUGGAACGUCGGUGGCGCCGAAUGCCUCUCCCUAUGUCGUGUGGUCUCCGGAUGGUGGGCCCAACGGGACUAUUGUCGUGUCUGAUGCUGACCGCAGCGCUGUCUAUGUCAACGACGCCGGAGCCGACCCGGAGAAGUGGUUGAUCAAGGAGUGCGGACAAGCAGAGGCAUACAGCCGUGCGCUGCAUGUGUUCGAGAAGAAACCUCACAGGUUGAUGGUUCUCGGCGGAGAUACAUUUGACGGGAACGGUAUUGGGGCGCUGACGAUCAGCGUAAUGGAUAUCAAGACGCUGAUGGACGGGGACUUGUCGGCACCGGAGCCGCCUGCUUGCGAGGCAACCUGA